UCGGCCGCAGACAUGGACAAACUCAGGCUGCGCAGCCCCUGGGUGCCCUCGUGCCUCGGGCAGUCCUGCACGCUGCAGGGCCGACGGGCCAGGUCCUCGCCCUCGAUCUGGGACAGCGUGUUGCAGGAGCAGAAGAGCGAGCUGCGCAAGCGGCUGUCCUACACCACGCACAGGCUCCAGAAACUCGAGAGCGAGUUCGGCUCCACGCGCAGCUACCUGGAGGUCGAGCUGCGGCGCGCGCAGGAGGAGCUCGAGAAGGUCACUUUGAAGCUGCGCAGGAUUCAGACCAACUACAUGUCGCUGCAACGGAUCAACCGGGAGCUGGAGCAGAAGCUGUACUGCAUGGGCAAGCACUAUGACGAAGAGAAGCGAGCUCUGAGCCACGAGAUUGUCGCUCUCAACAACCACCUGCUGGAGGCUAAGCUGACCAUCGACAAGCUGAUAGAGGACAACGAGCUCUAUAGGAAGGACUGCAAUCUAGCGGCCCAGCUGCUGCAGUGCAGCCAGACCUACGGCAGGGUCCAUAAGGUGUCCGAGCUGCCCGCGGAAUUCCAGGAGCGCUUGAGCCUGCACUUGGAGAAGCACGGCUGCAGCCUGCCCUCCACGCACUGCCGCCCCGGCAGCGUGCCGCUCUGCGUCAUUGCCAAGGUGCUGGAGAAGCCGGAGCCCAGCACCCUGUCCUCCCCCAUGUCCCUGUCGGUCUCGGUGUCGGAUGUCUCCACCCGAGACCUGGCCUUCCGCGAGGGGAUGCCCAAGUCGAGCCUGCUGCCCCCCUACAAGGAGGAUGCCUACUGCAGCGACUCGGCCCUCUUCUGCCCGGAGGAGCCCAGGCGCGACCGUGACCGGCGGCCCAGCGUGGACGCGGUGGCGAGCAGCAUGAGCUUCCUGCAGACCCAGAAUUCCACCGACAGCGCCGCCGGGGAGGAGGAGGAGGCCGGGGCGGCGGCCUACCCCGAGGCCUUCCAGGGCGAGGCCUUCCCGGGCGAGUCCUUCACGGGCUACACGGCCUCGCUGCCCACAUCCAGCUCCUACUCGAGCUUCAGCGUCACCUCGGAGGAGCGGGAGCGCGGCGAGGCCAGCACGAUGACCGCCUCGCAGCGGGCCGUGUACCUGGAUGGCCGCGAGCAGCUCUUCCAGCGCCCGCCGGCCCCCACCUACCAGAGCAGCCGGCCCUACGCCAAGGCCUCCGGGGCCCUGCUGGAAACCCCGGUGCCCCCCGAGUUCGAGCUCGAGACGACCUUCCCGUCCUACCAGGCUGAGCCCUUCAGCUUCCAGGCCGUCCCCAAGACCCUGGUGUCUCCCAACCUGUGGAGCCUGCGAGCCAAGUCUCCGUCGUCCCGGAUGCCCAGGGGAGAGGCGCGCAGCCCGCGCGAGCAGUGGCGCCCCGUGCACGUGGAGGAUCUCGGGGCCCACGCCUUCCCGGCCCCCUCGAGGCGACCCUCGCCCCGCAACUUCUCCCAGCGCCACUAUUCAAGAGGCAGCUCAACCAGCACGGCGCACGGCCGCACCAGCCCCCUGUACGCCAGCUACAAGGCCGACAACCUCUCGGAGGAGGACGACUUCUCCCAGGGCCACCUGGCCGAGUCCUGCUUCCUCGGGGCUUGCGGCUCUGCCAAGCCGAUGCCCGGCUACGCCGCCAGCGAAGACGACGGAGAGAGGCCCCAGGGGCAGCUGUGCGGGGUGGCCAGCCCCGAGCCCGACAGCCUCUUCAGCUCCCGAGAUUCCUUCGAGCCCAGCUCCAUGGAGGGUUCCCCUGAAAUGCAUCCCGCGGCCCGCCGGAACCCCCAGGCAGCCCUCCCCCGGAGCAGGAGCGCCGGCCUCAGCCGCAAGGAUAGCCUCACCAAAGCCCAGCUCUACGGAACCCUGCUCAACUAA